UCGACGGAAAACGAAGGAUGGACGGUGUGAGGAAAUAAUUAGAAGAAGGGAGAACAGUUUUUUCAUUAUCACAAUUUGAAAGAUGGAAAAUGAAGGCUGGAGUAGGUGUUCUUGCUCUGCGCGUACUCUGGUAUCAGUAUUGGCUACAAUUAUUCUCGUCUUCCAACCAGAUUACUGCAUCGCUAAGCGACACCGACCAUGUCCUACUUCAUCAUGCGGCCAAAUUCGCAACAUAUCCUACCCAUUUCGACUCAAAAGCGACCCAGGUCACUGCGGCGACCGAAGGUACGAGUUAGAUUGCGUGAACAACGCCACUCUCUUACUAACCUUGUUCUCGGGAAAAUACGAUGUAAGAGAAAUCGACUACAAGCGAUACAGAAUCGUUGUUAGGGACCCAGGUCAGGACGAAGACGCUAAUUGCUCUUUCAUCCCUCGCAAUUUCUUAACGGAUCGUAGUUUCAGGACAGCGAGUGGCCCAGAUGAUUUCGGAUCACAGCCGUUCACUGUUGAGUCCAGGGAAAUGGUAAGAAUAGGGUACUUCAACUGCGUGAAUCCUGUGCGUAACGAUCCACGAUAUGUUAAGGUGGAGAGAAGUGGAUGUGGCAGCGGAGGGCACGUGUACGCUGUAUUGGACGACGCGCCGUGGUUUGCGUCUUAUGGUGUGGAGGACAUCAAGGUUGGGUGCGAUCUAAUGGUGGCUACACUUUGGACACCGAAGCAGAAUGUUACCUACCACAAGUGUGAUAUCAAGGCUGGGUGCGAUACAAUGACGGAGGUUACAGUGCUUGAAAAGAUACCGGAGGUGAAUGCUACAUACGAUGAUAUCCAACGCGUAAUCAGUGAGGGGUUUUGGUUGUCGUGGAUGCCUAUUAUUUGCGAUAAUCGAUGUGGAAGGGGAACGGACUGUAAGGUUUUCAAUGAAUCCAGUGGAGAAGUCGAGUGCAGGAACCAUUACUGUCAUUACGCCUACCACACCACGCAAAAGUGCAAACCUUGGCAAAAGAUUUUGGGCUAUACUCGAGCUUAUGUUAGAGGCAUUAUUUAUGGAAUAGGUAGCAGAAUAACAUUCAGUACGAAACAGUUGGACGACCCAGUUGGACUGCAAUAUUUUGAUGGAGGAAUAUUCAUAGGACGAAAUAUUAUAUCAAUAUUUUUGGCUGCCAGAUAUGUGUUUGGAGCUGUACUUAUUCUUGUGUUAUUGAUCUACAAAUGGCGUCGAAGACAUUCUUCAAUAUAUGAAAAUAUUGAAAAUUUCUUGCUAGAUAGCCAUCUAAAUCCCAUCAGGUACGAAUAUAAUGAAAUAAGAAGAAUGACUAGAGGUUUUAAAGUGAAAUUGGGUCAAGGAGGCUUUGGUGCUGUAUAUAAAGGAAAACUACGAAGUGGAUUAGAUGUAGCUGUAAAGAUGUUGAGCAAAUCCAAUGAUAAUGGACAAGAUUUCAUAAAUGAAGUAGCUACCAUUGGAACAAUACAUCAUGUAAAUGUGGUACGUCUUAUUGGGUAUUGUGUUCAUGGAAAAAAACGUGCUUUAGUUUAUGAAUUUAUGUUAAAUGGAUCUUUGGAUAAAUACAUUUUCUCCAAAGAAGAAAGCACCCAUUUAAGCUACCAGAAAAUAUAUGAAAUAUCUCUUGGAAUAGCACAUGGGAUUGCAUAUUUGCAUCAAGGUUGUGAUAAACAAAUUUUACAUUUUGAUAUCAAGCCUCAUAAUAUUCUUUUAGAUGAAAACUUUGUUCCAAAAGUUUCAGAUUUUGGACUUGCAAAACUACAUGCUACAAUUGAUGGUGUUGUCAAUAUGACUGCAGCAAGAGGAACAUUGGGUUAUAUGGCUCCAGAGUUAUUUUACAACAAUAUGGGUGGGGUAACUUAUAAAGCUGAUGUAUACAGUUUUGGAAUGCUUUUAAUGGAAAUGGCAAGUAAGAGAAGGAACUCAAAUCCUGAUGCGGAGCAUUCAAGUCAACAUUAUUUUCCCUUUUGGAUUUAUGAUCAAUUUAAAAAAGAAAAGAAUAUUGACUUGCAAGAUGCUUCGGAAGAAGAUAAUAUUUUUGUUAAAAGAAUGUUCUUAAUUGCACUUUGGUGUAUUCAGUUAAAUCCAAGUGAUCGUCCUUCAAUGAACAAGGUAAUAGAUAUGCUUGAAGGGAUGAUUGAAAGCCUUGGAUUGCCUCCAAGACCUUCCUUUUAUAAAGUUGAAGCAUACAAUGAUGAUAUUAGCUCUGAUGUCACUGAAUCUACUUAUCCUACUAAUCAUCAUGAUGAAAGCAUAACAUUGGAUUCAUCAACGAAUAUUGAAAUAGGCAUAAGAUAAAUUAAGUGUAAUGUUAUGGAGGUAAUGGAUUAAUGUUAUAGGUUGGUCUUGAAUAAA